AUGCAGAAAGCUAUCGAUUCCAUGUGGAAGAAAGCUCUCAAUGGAAACAGUGCUCAAAUUAGUUUGACAGUGUGGAUUCAUCUUUACAAUGUGCCCUUAGAACUAUACUCUAGAACUGGACUAAGCUAUAUUGCAAGUGGCAUCGGAGUUCCUCUUUCUAUGGACUCUGUUAUUGCAUCUAGGAAGAGGUUAGAGUAUGCUAAACUAUGCAUUGAGAUUGGUCUGAAUGAUAAUAUUCAUGAGUAUGUGGAUGUGCUUAUGAAUGAUGGGUCUAUUACCUCAAUUCUUGUUGAGUUACCUUGGUUUCCACCAUGUUGUAAGAACUAUAGAGUGUUCGGGCAUAGUGAUAGAAACUAUAAAGAACAUAAACCAGCAGCACAAAUAACUACUCAAGUAUGGAAAAAGAAAACUCUUAAUACUUCUGUAGUUCCAUUAGAAGGAAGAGUUGAACUUCUUCAGAAGAAAAUGCAAAUUAAAGAUUAUGGAGCUGAUGAGAAUAUUCCUAAAGAGAGUUGUUAUAAUCAUAAUAUAACCUAUGGCCCUUCUGAUCACAUUGAUGCUACUGCUUCUAACUCUGCUGUUAAUUCUUCUUCUAAUGAAAACACUAUUACUACUGAUACUAAUGUAGCUAUUACUUCUGAUCCUAAUGUACCUCCUCUGAAAAACACUAUUACUGCUACUGAUCCAUCUGUAGUUAAGAAGGGUAGAGGUAGGCCUCAAAAAGAUAACACUAAAACUAUUCUUGAUGGUUCAAAGAACAUAUUUGCAAUUUUAUCUGCAUCUGAGGAUUCUGUUUCUCCUACAGAUCUUGUUCUUAAGAAAAGAGUUGCAUCUGCUGGAGUGGCUACCCUUUUAACUGAACUGAAAUCAAAGAAGAAAGACAUAAUAAAAAAGUUAAGAAUGUUGAUAGUGAAAGUUAGUAAUGUUGCUGUUAUUCUUGACAAUAAAUUCGAACACUGGAAUUCUAUUACUAACUAUGAUUUUGCUGAUAAUGGAAGGAUUUGGAUCAUUUGGAAAAAUAAUCUGGAUUUUUCUGUUAUUCAUGUUUCUAGCCAAUGUAUUUCCAUCAAAGGUCAUUACCUCAGUAUCCCACUGAUCAUUACUGUUGUUUAUGGAAGUAAUGAUGGAAUUCUUCGUAGACAACUUUGGCAACAUCUUUCUGAUUUAGGCAGGUUGUAUAUUAAUCUUCCUUGGGUUCUGGGAGGAGAUCUUAAUGUCAUUAUUAACUCCAACGAAAGAUCUAAUUCUUCCACUUUAGGACCUUUUCUUUCUUCUGAUAUGAAGGAAUUACAAGAUGCUGUCUUUGAUUUAGAACUCUCUGAUCACCCUUUCUUUGGCCCCACAUUUUCUUGGAGCAACAAACAACAAGACUCUUACCUUGCAAGGAAGCUUGACAGAGUCAUUGUCAAUCCUAAACGGUAUAGAUUAUUUCCGAAAUCCCAUAUGGAAUUUCAAGCUCCGGGAAUUUCUGACCAUUGUUUGGCUAUUACUUGGCUAACUAAAGAAACUCUUGUUGAUCAUCCAAAGCCUUUCAAAUUCUUUAACUUAUGGGUUCAACAUCCAAAGUUCAUGAAUGUAGUGAGACAAUCAUGGCAAACUCCUUCAAAAGGCAACCCCAUGCAGAAUCUGUUUUUCAAGUUAAAGCGCCUUAAAACUUGCUUGAAAUCUCUUAAUCAACUCUUUUAUAAUGACAUUUCAGCACGUGCUAAACAAAAGAAAUUAGAGCUGGAAACACAACAAUUGUUAUCUUUAAGAGCCGAAGAUUCCUUCUAUAAAGAGCUUCUUGUGCAAAACGAGCUGAAAAUCUUAGAAGAGGCUAAAAAUAUUUUCUUAAGGCAAAAGUUUAAAGUCCAAUGGCUUAAAGAUGGUGACAAGUGUACAAAGUUCUUUCAUUCGGCAGUUGCUGUUAAAACUAAGAGGGAAACUAUCAGAGUUCUUGUUGAUGACAAUGGAAACAGACUUGAAUCAUUUGAGUCAAUGACUUCCGAAUUGAUAGGGCAUUUCACAAACUUGAUUGGAUCUGAAAAUCCUGAAGUUAAAGUAUGUGACCAGACUUUACUUCAAGAAUUAUUUCAGUACUCUCUGCCUUCUGAUGCUUCCAAUGCUCUUAUAAAAGAUGUUACCAAAGAUGAGAUUAAGGAAGCAUUUUUCUGUCAAGGUAAUGAAAAAGCUCCAGGACCUGAUGGCUACACUCCUUAUUUCUUUAAGAACACAUGGUCUAUUAUUGAAGAAGAUGUGGUUGCUGCUAUUACUCAAUUCUUCAAGGAUUUUAUUAUGCUUCCUGCUUUCAACUCGACUUCAAUCACUUUGGUUCCUAAAGUCCCAAAUCCUUGCAAAGUCAAGGAUUUCGGGCCUAUUUUCCCGUUGUACAGUGGAAGGAACAUUGUUAAUAACACUCUUUUGGCACAGGAGCUUGUCAAAGGUUAUAGUAGGAAGACUAUCUCACCCAGAUGCUCUUUGAAAAUUGAUAUUCAUAAGGCAUUCGAUUCACUGCAUUGGGGAUUUGUUUUGGCGGUUCUUAAUGCUAUUGACCUUCCUCCUACUUUCAUAAAGUGGGUUGAAGCUUGUUUUACAGGAGCUCGGUACUCUAUCUCGUUCAAUGGAAGUCUCAUAGGAUAUUUCAAAGGGGCCAAAGGCUUACGGCAAGGUGAUCCAAUCUCACCCUUGCUGUUCGUGUUGUCUAUGAACAAAUGUGAAUUCUAUACUGCUGGAAUAUCCCCUAGGCAAAUUGAGGAAAUCAAGCGUAUUAUUGGGUUCAAUCAAGGAUAUUUACCAGUUAGAUACUUGGGAUUUCCUCUAGUUUCUAGGAAACUCUCUGACAAAGAUUUUGUUGCUCUCAUCAAUAAUAUUAGGGAACGUCUUCAUCAAUGGCCACAAAGACACUUGAGCUAUGCUGGUCGUUUAGAGCUUAUUAAAACUAUCCUGCUUAGUAUCACAAAUUUUUGGUGUAGGCAGUUAAUCCUACCCCAAUCUAUCCUUCACACAAUUGAGCAGCUAUGUUCACGGUUCUUUUGGAAAGGUUCGGACAAGGCAUCUUCGGGUGCAAGAGUGAGCUGGGGAAAGCUCUGCCUACUUAAAUCUUAA